AUGCAUGGCAGAGGCAAUGAGCCCAUUUGGCAACAGAAAAUGUGCAACUUAGUUGUGUUAGUCAAUGGUGAUGUUAUGAGCAACAUCAAUAGCUCUGUUCAGCCACAACAAACCAUCAACCGAUUCAUUAACCAUAUUUAUGAAGAUGCUGGUGGUACUAAUGUCGUUCGCAGAGACUCGGCAAAAUUCACAAAGUAG